AUGGUGAGAAAACACGCGCUUGCCAAAAGACUGUUACGUGGACAACUGAAGCGUGAUAUUUCGAUCCUCCAGGUCUCCAACGUUGUUAUAGAUAAGAAGCAGCCUGACAAUUCGCCGGUUUCCGACAAUAUCUCCGAGCUUUCCUCAGGUAACUACCAAUUGUCUAGCGAGGCUGUAUUUGAUACGAUAGGACAAGCUCAAUCCACCCUUUCUCUUACUGUUCCACCUUCUGUGCCGGUCCAUGUGAAGCGUGGGUCAUUGAUGGCACUAUUUACGGCCACAGAGACGAAAGCUAGCAUGAAAGAUUUUGUUCAGUCUAGAUUAGAAGUCCAAGAGCCAUUAAAACGAUUUGCCUAUGGUGGGCACACAUCUGUCUAUCAAAAAUUAAUUUCUACCGUUCCUUUGACACUGUUGGUAUCGGCUUACGACAGCACCUCGAUAGUUCGCAAAUCAAAAACUUCCAAGACCUUCUGUAUUUUGUCACUUGAUGGGUCUGUUGACUGGGCUCUCUUUAAUCCUGACUCUGUUCAAGCAUACGCUGGUAAUUCUUUGACGAUCACCAGUCGAAAGCUCCCUAGAUCCGUGUCAAGAGCGGGGGUGCGAAAAUUUGGUCUUCCCAAGAAUUCCACCCCUGGUCUUGCGGGAAGAUUAUCAUCUGGAUACAAGCACGUCGCGGGACGUGGAUAUGUCUCCCUUGUUGGGGAUGGCUCCAUAUUCAAGCUGAAUCUGGAUGAAGAUGAAGAGAUUCUUGUGAAAAAGGACAACUUGUUUGCGGCCUCCAUAGCUCAAACACAAGACUUGGAGGAUGGUUAUUUUGUCUCUCAGACUUUAAAUAAGCACCUGCAGCAACCUGAAAAAGAUGUCAAAAUGAUUGACAAGCCUCAAGAGGAGAGCUUCUUCUUUAAGGUCAAAGAGUUCAUCUCGUGGGGUUGGGAUUACCUCCACCAUAAACAGCAAUCCCUAUUUGAUACCAUUAUUGGUAAUGGAAGCUAUAUCAAUGUUAGAGGCCCUCGCAUCUUGCUGAUUCAGUCCAACACGGGCGAUGAUCGAUUUAUAAUUGGAAACCGAAGCUCAGUCUCAAGUGUGGAGAAGUAUAUUAAGACGGGUGGCUUUUCCCAGCCACCCAAAUCCUCCGAAGACUAUCUGAGCUAUGCCACGGUCAAAAAUGGACGCGUGGAGUUCCGGAAUACUCCGAACUUCGACGAGACGGUAGCCAAAAUCGAGUUGAAGGGACAAGACAAGGCUGUGUAA